CAUGUAAGUACAUAGACCCGAUAGCUAAGCAAGGCGCGAAAAGAGAUAAGUAUGGCAGACGUGUGGAGAUCGAAAUUCAGACGCCUCACGCACCUGCUCGAUGGCGUGGAGGUUCCACGGCAUCGACGCAUUGAACUUAGACGGCAUCGAUACCAUAACUCACUCGUCGAUUUCCCCACAGGCGGCCGCCGCGAAGGAAGCAGCUCAGCGACUCGACUUGAUAAAGAGCUCAGCGCGAGCGCGAGCGCGAGCGAGAGAGAUGGGGGUGCCACGCUUCUAUCGCUGGCUCAGCGAGCGCUAUCCUAAGAGUGCGGACUCGUGUCAAAUUGUUCUUUUUUUGUUUGUUUAUUCACACUGUUUAUUCACACAGUAAACUCCGUAAUCAAGGACCAAGCGCUGCUUCCCGUGUUCGAUAAUUUGUAUCUAGAUAUGUGCAGACUCAGUGUCGAAGAGCUGCCACCACCAGCACAACCAUCCACGUAGGAACGGCAUCAUCCACGCCUGCUCUCAUCCAGAGGGUGCUACCAGCACACCAUCGGAGAGAGACAUGCUUCUAUCAAUAUUCGCGUACGUCGACCGGAUCGUAAAGCAUAUCGUGCGCCCGCAAAAAGUGCUAUUCAUAGCCGUCGACGGCGUUGCCCCGCGAGCAAAACUGAACCAACAGCGCAGUAGAAGGUUUGCUGCGGCCAAGGAAUCUGCCCGUAGUCAGGGAGACGAAGAUGGGGGAUUUGACCGCAACUGUAUCACGCCAGGGACCGCCUUUAUGGCACGUAUUGGUGACAAGCUUCGUGGUUAUAUACGCUGGAAGAUGGGACAGGACGCGGCGUGGUGUCGACCCGUGCAGGAGAACAAAAGCAAAAACACAAUCUCGAAUUGCUUCUGCUCGAUGGCGUGGAUUGACGGAGGUCUUUCACCCACAGGUCUCGACUCCGAGUCGUGUACAGUGGUGCAAAUGUCACAACUGCGUCUGCUCGAUGGCGUGGAGGGAUGCCGAACUUUCUCUCGCACAGGUACCAGGCGAAGGUGAGCAUAAAAUAAUGCAGUAUAUUCGCGCCCACAGAGACGAUGGCAACACCCCCACUCGCCACUGUAGACGCCGCGUCGUCAACUUAAAACGCGUCGACGCGGUGGAGGGAGGACGCCAUCCGUCUCUGCGCAGGCAUGUAUGGAAACGAUGCAGAUUUGAUAAUGUUGGGCCUCUGCACUCACGAGCCCUACUUUACGUUACUCCGAGAGGUUAUAGACUUCGGCGCGAACAAUCGUCUGCGUGAUACACCUGUCAACGCGCGGUCCACCGUUUUCAAGCAGUCCCGAAGUUCGGACUUUCAGCUCCUUCACCUCUCGAUCCUCCGCGAAUACAUCCAACUCGAAUUCUGCUGCUCUCCACCGGCAUCCUAUGCGUCGCAUAUCGAUGCCCGAACUAGCGUCGGUCCUCGCGCUCGUAAAAAUGGAGCUGGGCGCAGCAAUGAGCUCGGUAUUGCGUGGAGACAAGGUGUCUCGGGGCGCUCGGUGGAUCUUGAACGUCUCGUUGAUGAUUUUGUCUUCCUCACCUUCUUUGUUGGCAACGACUUCCUGCCGCACUCGCCCUCUCUUGACAUAGGCGAACACGCGUUCAAUCGAGUCUUUGACGCCUACAAGCGCCAACUCGCCACAUGGCCUCCCGGCGACUAUCUCACCGAUGCUGGCGACAUAGCAAAUGCCUGUGUGGGAGUCAACUACUGAGUCGGGUGCGCCCGAUAAUUCAUCACAAAGUCAUUUCUCGGCGACAUUACGGCCAUGCUGACUGAAUCGAGUGGUGAGAGACCUACACCGCCACGCCAUCGAGCAGGCGUUGCGUCGAUGGCGUGGAGGUCAUGAUUCAGCAGUAGCGGAGACGAGCCGCGACAAUUUUAUUUUUGCACAGGCCAAUGCGCACCGACUUCAGCGCUUUAUUUCCGAGCUUGGUGCCAUGGAGCCCGCCAUCCUUGCAGACCGGAGACGCGAAGCCGAGCGUGAGCAACGACGUUUCUCACGGAGCCAUAACGGCAAAACUAUUCCUGAUGGCACCGAGAAUGUUACCGCAGCGUCGGCUCCUGGCCUCACCAACUCAGACCGCGAAAAAUACUACCUUCGCACUCUUGGCAUUAGCAGUCUGAUCUUGUGUGGAAAUCAAAUUUUAAGCACCCUGCCUCCUAGGGGCCCACAUUAUAGACGCAGCAUUGUCUCCGUGACUGAGUCUGCACAAUGGCGCAGGUAAUCUGACUCACUGGUUGAUUUCUACACAGGUCUGGUCGAUCAGCAGAUUGUCGACGCAGGCAUCGCCACUGAGAGCAAGACAAUGAUAGACUGGAACUCGGCCAGGGAUCCGUCAACUGGGAACACGUACUUCUACAACGCCACAACAAAGGAGACCGCCUGGAUGUGUCCCGUCGGUGUACCGAAGGACGCGACGACCAUCGAACCGAAAUUGGUCCGUUGCUCGCAGAAUGUUAUCAAACGUCUAUCAGCCGCCUUUGUAGAGGGCCUCGCUUGGUGCCUUGCAUAUUACGUCAAAGGAUGCGUUGACUGGCGUUGGUUUUUCCCAUGUCACUACUGUCCAAUGCUCUCCGAUGUGGUGAACGUUGCUACUGCGCUUGCUGGUGCUCAUUUUGAAGUCAGUGCACCACUUCGGCCGCUCGAGCAGCUCAUGUCGUGCCUUCCACCUGCGAGUGCUCGCUUGUUGCCACGGCCGCAUCGUGCACUGAUGCUCGAGGACUCAUCGCCCCUUCAUGACUUUUAUCCAAGUGACUUUGAUGUUGAUAUGGAAGGCAAGCGAAACCCGUGGGAGGGAGUCAACCUUCUUCCAUUCAUCGAGGUUGAUCGUCUCCUCAAUGUUGUUGAAGCAACGUGCCAAGAUUCUGCUCUCGCCGCAGAUGAACGCAAGCGCUCCCUCUUUGGCCGAUCAGUCAUCUUCAGCGUCGACGCGACUAUCGCAACGAAGCAUCGCCCAGCGGCAGCUCCUGUCACUGCCACGGAUGUCGAGGCAUCGCUUGAAGAUGGAGGCGACAUAAUGGGAGUCCUGGAGAGCGACGAGCAUCCAUACAUAGAGGACCCUUGGCUCAUUUACGGUCCCCCCUUACGGGCGGCACUCAAGCCCGGAUGCUUGAGUCCUAUGCCCGGCUUCCCGUCACUACACGCGCUCCCCAUCACCAGUGUUGCGCUCAAAGCCCUCAAGCUGAACUGCUUCGGAAGCCCUUCGCGCUACGAAACAAUGUGCCUCAACCUCCCAUCACCGGUGCACGCGCCAAACGAAAAGCCCAAUGCUGUCUCUUCGUCCGUUGCAGCGGCACUUAUGGGCAAGAGUGUCUUUGUUGAUUGGCCGAUGACGCAUGAGGCGCUAUUGGUUGCGGUGACAGGUGGUGGUAACUACUAUAGCGCUGGCGGCAGCGAAACCGCAGCAGUUAACGUUCGUGGCCUUGACGCAACUGCCACCAAAAGCUUCAACGUUGCGUGUGCAGCCGCUGCAAAUCGUGCGCUUGUAGGCUCUGGUAACCCAGGCGAUGGUGGCGUCGAUAUUGGAGCCGUUGAUGUCGUCCUCACCGUUCGCUUGAUGCAGGGACUUAGGCGUGAUGCAGCCACGGGCGCGCUCAAGAAGACGUAUGGACGCAAGGCGACCGAUAUCCCGCUGCAGCUUGCGCUCUCUGUGCCACCAAACGCCCACAUGGAAGACCCACGGUUUCAGGAGACAAAGGCAGGUGUUGCAUCUACCCGCUUCCUAAGUGGAAGUCGCGUCAUAAUCCAGUCCGGGCCGCGGCGUGGCCGUGUUGGUACUGUCCGCCGAAGUGAGGACUCACGAAAUACAGUGACAGUCGAGUUAGUCGUCGAAGAUGUCGAGCCCCAAUUUGGCCUUGGCAUCGCAGCGGCACUGGCUGAUAAAUAUGCGUCCGCAAGCCUCGCUGCGACGGAGCUUGGUGUGCGCGAGGACGUGCUGGCUGCUUGCUGCGGUUCAGUACUUGCUCGUGAUGACGACCGCGGUUAUAUAUAUGACCUCGGUCUCCGCCUUUGCAUAGAGGAUGGUGCAUUUGUCGCUCCUGGCUUUUGCCGCGCUGAGCGCACAACGUCAGACACGCGUGCCUGUGACUGGUCGCAAUCCAAUGAUAUGUUAACCCACUCGGAUGCUCCUCGUCACGUUCGGCGGGGCACGCGCUUUGAGUACAGCGCCAAGGCGAUCCGCCUUGUUGCGACCUACCUCAAGCGCUUCCCGGCAGUGUUUGAUGCCGUUGGUGACGUACUUGCAAGCACUAGCACAGGCAGCAAGGCCGCCUGUGAUGUGAACGGUCGUCCACCAGUGACCUUUGCGGCAGCAUCUCGGAUCUUUGGCCACGAGGAGCCCGAAGCUUGCCUCCUGGAAGUCUGCAAAUGGCUUGCUGGACUCCCGACAGCGACGACCGCGCGGAUGCCGAUCACCACCAGGGCCAUGUCCCCGGAUGCAGUCGCUGCUGUACAGCGUGCUGCCACCAAACGUGCCGCGAUUCGUUCGCGCGCUACUGCUGCAAGCGAGUCAGUCACGUUGUCUGCAACCGAUGUGCGGUCAGAAAUGGAGGCUACUGAUUUUCUUUCAUCUGCUCGUAUCAUCGACCCGAACGCCAAUCUUACGCCGCCACGUCUCGGCGAGCGUGUUGUCACUUGCAAUGUGGACCAGUUGGGUGCGCCCUUUGGCCACCGUGGGACCGUCAUCGCAACGCACGCUCACUCGGGUACCGUGGACGUAGUUUUCGACACGCCCUUUGUCGGUGGGACUUCGCUUCAAGGCGCGUGCGACAACUUUCGUGGCCUUCUAUGCCCUUGGAGUUCUCUCCUGACCAUGCGAGAUCCCACGCUCGAUGAAGAGGCUAUGUCUGCCUCUGAUGCUAUCCAUGCAGUGUCAUCGACCUCACCAGCGGCAGCUAAGCUCACAAGCAGGUUAAAGGACCAUCGUAUAGCCAAGGGCCCGGAUGGUACCUCUGGAUUUGCUAUACCUCGAAGCGCUGGUCAUCACAGGGCCCAGCCUCAAAUGAAUUCGGCGCCGGAAGCAUUUAUUCGCGGCCGGCCUGGCGUCUUAUCGCGCACUUCCUUAACAGCCACAGUGCCUCCUGUGGCCCCCAAGCGACGCUUCGGGGACGAGACGGCGCCAAUCCACGUCACACCCGCGCUGGCCAAAUCACAGCCACUGAUUCAGCCAGAAUCAACUUUAGUUGUACCUUGCGCACCAAUAAUUCGGGCGCAGUCGGACUUUGAAGUCAAUGCACCUCCAGUGCAUCCUCAACGUCCUACGGCGACGACGCUACAAACGAGCGAUCGCCCAGCUCCCGAUACAUUGACGAGUAUCAGCUCAUCUGUGCCACAAAAGCUCGUUGCUCCGAAAGCGCCGUCCCUAAAAAUGGCUCCACCGUUGGCUGCCCGGCCUUGUCAGGUUUGGUCCGCUUCCACGGAAGACCGCCUUGCAGCGCUUGAACGCAAACUCGACCAGGCUGUCAACGUAUCAGCCACCACACGCCCUGCAAUAGAACAGCAGCCUACGGGCCUAUCCUACGGCUACCAGCCCAGCACAAAUCCCCUCGUCAAUUCUGAUUCAACUGGCGAGAGCUCGUCGACGUUCAGGUACGUACCUGUUCCUACGGCAACCAGGCGCAUGCAACGAAACUCCCGCAUCGCGAUCGCCUCCACGCUUAUGCUACCAAGCUCGCUUCUUGGUAUGGGCCCCGUCACUCCAAGUUCAGGACGACCGGAGGGUAGCACAGAUGACAGCGCACCAGAUUCUUGAUGCCUAGCUCUUGCCUUAGUGGCGCAUGUUUUUCUCGACCCGGAAAAGUGGGGGUACUCACUCACUCAGGAGUCAAUUUUGGUGAAUUCGCCUCUGUGCUAGCAGUUUCCUCUCCGGGGGGAUCCUGGGUACUUUGUUGUGGCGUCGGUAGGAUGUGCAAACACGGCCGUCAAGCCAACAGAUCGUGCGAUGCAGCACGAACGCAACUGGCGCGGGACGACUGCCACUUGCGCAAGAGUUGCUGGAAUAGCAAUAGGCUGCGGACGGGAGAAAUCCUCCAGGAAAUCAAGAUGGUAGCUGCCGAAAGUGAGUUUGGUUAGUAAGUUUUCUUCGGGGAGGCCUGCCCUUGGCCCGGGCGAGUCCCUUGGCCAAAUCCAAGAGGUAUAUAGGCAGUAUAGAGAUGUAUAGGCGUACUACAAUAGAACCUGCACACUGCCUGUACCCCCCGGGCCUUGGCUGAAUUCGACCUAUAAAUAUUUUCAACUUGAA